AUGUUUUUGUCUUGCUUUUUGUUACAGAAACUACCGUCACUCAGCAAUAGCAAAACAUCGCGGGAUACAACUGACAACAACAAUGGAAACCACUCCGCGUCUAACAAUAUCCACAACAAUGUACCCCUGCAUGAUCCACUUAACACGAGUGUCCAUGUUGACGCCUACGCAACCAAAUACUACGGCUCACGACUGACUGAGUACGAGCGUACUGAAAUUGAAAAGUACUCGGAAAUUUGGUACUUAGGAUUAUCAGCGUGUAAAAUUCACGGCGAAGAUGGUGCCGAAAAUAGUGGAUACGAUGAUGAUACGGGAAGUUACCACAAAAUUCCUCAUGAUCAUAUAUCUUACAGAUAUGAAAUAUUAGAGGUAAUAGGAAAAGGAAGUUUCGGCCAAGUUAUUCGAGCAUUAGAUCAUAAAACCGGUCAGCAUAUCGCCAUCAAGAUAAUCAGCUUGAAUCUUUAUGAGUUGAUCAAAAAGAACAACUAUCAGGGAUUCAGUCUGAGCUUAAUUCGUCGUUUCGCCAAUUCACUCAUAAACUGCCUGAGAUUGCUGCACCGUGAGAACAUUAUCCACUGCGAUUUAAAGCCGGAAAAUGUUCUCUUGAAGCAGCGUGGCAGCAGUUCAAUAAAAGUAAUAGACUUUGGUUCAUCUUGCUACAGUCAUCAGCGUGUUUACACGUACAUCCAAUCAAGAUUUUAUCGAAGUCCUGAAGUGAUUCUUGGAUUACCAUACGGUACUCCAAUAGACAUGUGGAGUCUGGGCUGUAUUCUCGCAGAAUUACACACCGGAUAUCCCCUUUUUCCUGGGGAGAACGAAAUCGAGCAGCUCGCAUGUAUCAUGGAAGUAUUGGGACCGCCGCCAGAAUCGUUAAUCUCGCACGCCACUCGUCGUAGACUAUUUUUCGAUUCCAAGGGCAAUCCACGGUGUAUAGUUAAUAGCAAAGGAAGAAAAAGAAGGCCUGGUAAUAAGAAUGUUGCAAUCGCACUCAGAUCUAAUGACGCACUCUUCAUCGAUUUUGUCAGCAGAUGCCUCGAAUGGGAUCCAAAAGAACGAAUGACACCGGAUGAAGCGAUGCGUCACAAGUGGCUCAAUACAUCCUCAUCUUCGCACUUGAGUACAUCGUCGUCGGUUGUGAGUUCUAUGAUUAAUUCAACGAUAGAGCCAAAUCAAACAAGUCACAGUCAAUCAGUCUCGGUGAGUGCACCUCGACAACGUGCAAUAACGCUAGAGGAUGAACAGCAGCAGUAUAGUUUAUAUAGGCUGUACAGAGGUAGAAAGUGCGUAUCUAAAAUUACGGCUAUUGAUAAUACAGACAAUAACACACUUGCGGUUAAAAGUAAACUUAACGGUAGUGCAAGUAGUCAUGCUUUAGCAAGUGGAACUCAACCAGCUGCCUCGAGACACGCGUCGACUGGUGACAUUGUUGCAAGUCUAGAUCCUAAUCUCGAUGAUUCUGGAACUUAUCUACCUGCAAUACUAUGA